AUGUCAAGCAAGCCACCUAAUCGCAAACGAGAGUCUUGUGGGGAGCGUGCUAGCCCUUAUGCCGAAAUCACGAGAAUCAGCAGCGAUCAAGAGAGCAGAGGAUGGCAGAACGAUAUGUUGCAAGCUUUACAGCGGAACGCUACUCCCGAGCCAAUUCGCUUAGCAUGUAUGACUAACUUGCCUUCGAGGCCCUCCUUUUUUCAGGAAGAGUUCCAUGGCCGAAUUCCACGGGAGAAAGCAGAGGAACUACUCUCUGCAAAUGGCCCAGUCAACGGGCGAUACUUAGUCCGCGAAAGUAAUAGUUCUCCAGGUGAUUAUAGCCUGUCAUUAAGUUACGAUGACCGUAUUUUACAUUACAGAUUAAAAUAUGAAAAUGAAAGAUACUUUACCGAUGAGAAGGAAUUCAAAUAUUACACGUCGAUCACCGAUCUUGUUGUAGACGUGCUGAGCAUGUAUCGUUUGGUACAUAAUGUUAGUGGACGUGUACCGAAAGAAGAGAAGAAAAAGCCAAAUUCCUAA